AUGGAGCCUCGACGACUUAAAGAAGGCGAUAUAAUGAAGUACAAAACUGGAUUUCUUGGCAGCAAAUGGAAAUCCUAUCACGCCGUGUUAUUCAGUGAUUCGAAAUUUUGUUGGUACGAUGAGAAGGGUGAUCGAAAACCAAAAGGUUCAAUACUCCUCAAAGAUGUUGUCCCAUACAUUUGCGUCGGAUUGAUGACGGAUCGAAUGCCAGUGAAACGUCCAUCUGUGCCCGAUGGCUAUUCUGUCCACCAUUUGGUCGGCAUUGGAAUGGACCCUCGAGCUGAGACUGUGCACUGGAUUUUGUUCUCAUCCGAUUCGGAUAUUGAGUCAUGGUUUAAUGAGAUCACUAAAACUUUGCCAAAGCCGAAUCCACCACCCCAGCCUCAGCAACCAAUGCCAGCACCUCAAAUGGGACCUGGUCAACCUAGCGGAGGAUAUGUUCCGCCAGCCAAAUACCCAGAUGCCCCACCACCCGUCCAACCUAUUUAUCCACCUCAGCCUGCGUAUCCACAACAGCCUGUUCCGGCUGGUGGAGGAGCUCCACCUCCACCGUACUAUAAUCGAGGACCUGGAUAU